AUGGAUCCUCUCAGUGUAGUCAGCUCAACCAUUGGCAUCAUCGGAGCGCUUUCCAGCGCCUACGAGACCAUCAAGAAGAUCCAGAACCUUCCGAAGGCUUUCGACGAGGUGAACAAAAAUCUCCCUUUGGUCCGGGGUGUUCUUCAACGUGUCUAUGAAAGAAUCCAACGGAUAGAUCCUAGUGUCGACGAGAACAGCGACUCUAUCCGCGAGGCCAUCAACACCUGCCACGACAAAGUCGAGCUGCUCCAGAAGAUCUUCGCCACACUCGAGGAAAAAUGCAAGGAUCGAGACGCCGACAAGACUUGGAAGAGGGCCCGGUCCUGGUACCGUGAAGCCAUGCGUGGCAUGCAGGCUGAUCGUGUGGAGGGCCUGAUGAAGGAGAUUUUGGACCGCAUGCGGAUCCUGGCCAUGAGCCAAGUCUUCAGUCUCAACGAUGACCUUGACGAGAUCAAAGAGGCCAUCGACUCACUUUCAAAAGUUGAGCCAUCCCUGGAUGAAUCCGAGAUGGAGAUGGGGGCGAUCUACGCGCAGCAAACAAAUCGGGACCACGCCACAGGCACACAGUAUAAUAUGUCUGGUGGUGUAAUGAACACAGGGAAUAACUCGGGGAAUACGUUCGGGGACGUUGGGACCUUGACAUUUGGUAAGAGCUAG